AUUAACAUAAUGUGCAUUCACUUUCGGUAUUGUAUUAUUAUGGGGUAUAAAUACAGGCAUUCAUCAGCAUUAGAUCAGCUUUGUCUUGCUAUAAAAGUAGAACAAACUAACUCCAUCAAAUUUCUCAAGGGUGAAAUUUAAAUAAACAGCUGAACUGAAAGGUAAGCUAUAAGUUUCAUAAAAUGUAACAAUAUCUCUGAACACAUCUUUGUUAGGCGUAAUAAUUAAUUUCAUUGCAUGUAGAUAUAUUCUGAUGAUUCCCUUGUUUGAUUAUAGUAUAGGGCUACUAAAAAUAAAGUUAUUAAAAAAAACUUUAUAGCAAAAACUAAACAAAUAUGACUGUUCAAUACUCGGGUUAAAUGGUGGACUAGACUUGUAUUAUCAAAUGUCUUAUAUUAACAAAGUACAAGAUUCCAAUGGAUCUAUAAAGAGAGAGAGAGAGAGAGAGAGAGAGAGAGAAAGGGGGGGGAGAGAGAGAGAGAGAGAGAGGGGGGAGAGAGAUAAAUAUAAAGAGAGGGAGAGAGAGAGAGAGAGAGAGAGAGCGAGACAUAAGGAGGGGAGUUAAUAUGUUGUCUAUAAAUAUGACAGCGGAAUCACACUGUAUAGGUGAGAGAGAGAGAGAGAAAGGGGGGGGAGAGAGAGAGAGAGAGAGAGGGGGUAGAGAGAUAAAUAUAAAGAGAGGAAGAGAGAGAGAGAGAGAGAGAUCGAGACAUAAGGAGGGAAGUUAAUAUGUUGUCUAUAAAUAUGACAGCGGAAUCACACUGUUUAGGGUCUCUGAAGCUUAAUCCUAACUAAAUGUUUAAACAAUGUUCACAGAGAAAAAAAAUGGCGCCAACCCAAAACAAAGUGAAUAGAAAUCCAGUCCAAGACAGCAGGGACUCUCCUACGUGUCACACUUUUCAAAUAUUUGUUAAAAACUUUGCUAACAGUAAAGACUAUCCAUUUGAUGUGGAACGAGAGUAUCGUGUUGAGAAGUUGAUGGACGAGAUCUUCGAGAGGCUAGGCGUACCGACCGACCAGCAGAAGUUGACCUACGCUGGCAAAAACCUGGAGAGGGGAAUGACUCUUGGUCAUUACCACAUAAAAGAACAUUCGACUGUUUUACUUACCGCUCGUCUUAGGGGUGGUUAGACCUUGUCAUGACAUGGAGGUUAGACCUUGUCAUGACAUGGAGGUUAGACCUUGUCAUGACAUGGACGUUAAAACCACAAUAAAACCAGGCGUUGAAUCCAAACAUCCAACAUCCAUGACAGGUAGCCACUCAAAGCUACCGACAGGAAGUCUUCAUAAUGAGUUUGUUAAAUAUAAUGAUAUGACGUGAAUGUUAAACUAACGCAAGAAGAGUAAUUGUGAUGAUUCACUUAAUUGAACUUAAUUCAGAAGAUGUAAUUUGAAUGUUGAACUUAAUCAGAAGAUUUACUAUGAGUGUUUAACUUUUCUGAGAUGAUGUGUGACUUGAAAUUCAUGCAAAUGAUGUACGCUGAGUAAUGUUUAACUUAAUUGAGAUGGUGUACUGUGAAUGUUUAACAUGAUUAACUGCAUGCAUUAAAAUUAUAUAAAUUGGGAAAAUAUUUACACAAGUACGCAAAAAACAUGUUUAAUUUAAACGAUGAUUUAAAAAAUUAAUACCUUUUCAUACGAGAAAUGUCACGGAAAUGUAUAUUUAAAAAAUGAAUAAAAUAUAAGCAAUUAUUUAAUAUGUUAGCAAUAUUUUUUUUAAAAAAAUACUUUGUUUUGUUUCUGUUUAUUUUAAUUUCUAACUUAAUCAAAUAAAUCAAAUAAUAUUAGAAAUUAAAUAAAGGCAAAAAAAAAAAUAUUAUUAACAAAAUAAAUAAUUGUUCAAUUUUGAUUCAUUUUUUUAAGAUAUACAAGUUUUAAAAUAUUAAUUAAUUUAUAACUUUAAUACGAGAAAAGUCACAAUAAAUUUAUAUUAAAAGUAAUAAAAUUCGAAUAGUUUUUUUUUCCGCCUCUAUUUAAUUUCUAAGAUUAUUUUAUUUAUAAAAAUAAAUUGAUUUCUGUAUUUCACAUAUUUUAAAUUUCUGUAACUUACGUCAAUAAAUUUGGAAAGAUUAUGAAUAAAAAUAAAAUAUUUUCUUCAUCUUC